AUGAGAGAAAUAAUUAGCAUUCAUAUUGGACAAGCUGGAAUUCAGGUUGGUAAUUCAUGUUGGGAGCUAUAUUGCCUUGAGCAUGGCAUUCAACCUGAUGGAACAAUGCCCAGUGAUGCCUCAGAUGGGGAUACACAUGAUGCUUUUAACACUUUCUUUAGUGAAACUGGAUCUGGCCAAUAUGUUCCGAGGGCUUUAUUUGUUGAUCUGGAGCCUAGUGUAAUUGAUCAAGUAAGAUGUAGUUCAUAUAAACAGCUCUUUCACCCUGAGCAGUUAAUUUCUGGCAAGGAAGAUGCUGCUAAUAAUUUUGCAAGGGGACAUCACACAGUUGGCAAAGAAAUUGAAGAACUAUGCCUCGACCGUAUUAGAAAAUUAGCUGACAAUUGCACUGGCUUGCAAGGGUUCUUGUUUUUCAAUGCUGUUGGUGGUGGCACUGGUUCUGGUUUGGGAUCUUUACUUUUGGAACGUUUGUCUGUAGAUUAUGGGAAGAAAUCAAAACUUGGCUUCAUCAUUUAUCCUUCUCCUCAGGUAUCUACUGCAGUUGUUGAACCUUACAAUACCGUUCUUUCCAAUCACUCUCUUAUUGAGCACAGUGAUGUAGUUGUGCUUUUGGACAAUGAAGCAAUAUAUGAUAUCUGCAGAAGAUCAUUGGAUAUAGAAAAGCCAACUUACACUAACUUGAACCGCUUGAUAUCUCAAAUUAUCUCUUCCUUAACCACUUCAUUGAGAUUUGAUGGUGCAAUCAAUGUGGAUAUUUCUGAAUUCCAAACUAACCUUGUGCCAUAUCCUCGAAUCCAUUUUAUGCUUUCGUCUUAUGCCCCUGUGAUAUCUGCUGUUAAGGCCUACCAUGAACAGUUAUCAGUGCCUGAGAUCACCAGAGCUGUGUUUGAGCCAUCAAGUAUGAUGGUCAAGUGUGAUCCAAGACAUGGCAAGUACAUGGCAUGCUGCUUGAUGUAUCGCGGGGAUGUUGUACCAAAAGAUGUAAAUGUUUCUGUUUCAAAUAUCAAGACAAAGAGACAAGUUCAGUUUGUUGACUGGUGCCCCACUGGUUUCAAGUGUGGUAUCAACUACCAACCUCCAACAGUGGUACCAGAGGGUGAUCUCGCCAAGGUGAAGAGGGCAGUUUGUAUGAUAAGCAACAACACUGCUGUGGUUGAGGUUUUUUCUCGCAUUGAUCACAAAUUUGAUCUCAUGUAUGCCAAGAGGGCAUUUGUACAUUGGUAUGUGAGUGAAGGAAUGGAAGAAGGUGAAUUCUCAGAAGCUAGGGAGAACCUUGCUGCUCUUGAAAAAGACUACGAAGAAAUUGGAGAAGAAGGGGUGGAUGAAGAAGUAGAAAAUUAUUGA